GACGUCACGUAUCACGCUCCCACUACAAUGGCAAAAGAGGUGGAAGAGGGAGAACUAGCUAACUAGCAACGCAAGUUGAUUCUUAAGGGUAUCUCCGUUCUAAUCAAAUGUUACGGCCAUGACAAUGGCCAAAGAAAAUAUCUUUCUAUUCGUCCCGAAUCUGAUUGGCUAUGCCCGAAUUAUUCUGGCUCUGCUGGCCUUCUAUUUAAUGCCAUGCUGUCCUGCACCAGCAGUGUUCUGUUACUUACUAAGUGCACUGUUAGAUGCGUUUGAUGGACAUGCGGCUAGAGCCCUCAAUCAAGGCACUAAAUUUGGUGCAAUGCUGGACAUGUUGACUGACCGCUGUGCAACCAUGUGUCUGCUGGUGAACCUGGCUCUUCUCUACCCUUCCUAUACCUUCCUCUUCCAGCUGAGCAUGAGCCUGGAUGUGGCCAGCCACUGGCUACACCUGCAUAGUUCUAUGAUGAAAGGAGCAACCAGUCACAAGACCAUCGACCUUUCUGCCAACCCUAUCCUCCGGAUCUAUUACACCUCCAGGCCGGUGCUUUUUUGCAUGUGUAUGGGGAAUGAGCUAUUUUACUGCCUGCUCUAUGUGAUGUACUACAUUGAGGAACCACAGGUGUGGCUACAGUGGCUACUGGCAGCGUGUGGCGUGGUGUGUUUACUGAAGUCGGGCAUCAGCGUCCUACACCUCAUCACAGCUUCCUGCAACAUGGCUGCUAUCGAUGAGGCUGAACGUGAAAGGGGGCGGAGCAAGGCCCAGUGAGGAAGGAGCAAGGGGGCAGGGCUGACAAAUGCGGGGUGAACAGGUGCGAUGGCUGACUCCAGAUUGCUUUUGAUAAUCGCAGGAGGACCAUGAUGGAUGAGAGUUGUGAUGAUCUAAAGUCACCCUGGUGAUCGUUUAUUUAUUCAUAGAUUGCUAGUAAUAAUGUAAUGGAGAAGUAUCAGAAUUAUUAUUAUUUUUAAUCUAAAUACCUCUAUUUUUCAUUUUUGCCACAUUUGUUAAAUUAGGUUUUAUUUUGUUGCUCACCUCAUCCCCUUUGCAGAGUUAUAGAAGGCUGUGCAUUUGGUAUUUUCCUUGUGUGGGGAAAAAUGAAUUGUAUAGAAAUUGAGUAUUUGUUUCAUUGUUAUUAAUAGUAGUACUGUUUAUUGCUGUUUCUGUCUUUUAGCGCUUAUAUGACUUUUUAGCUCUGUGCUGGUAUGAAUGAGUGCCAUUUUCUCAAUUGUUUUAAAACUGAGUGUACUUGUGACCUCAUAACCCAGAAAAAAAAAAAGAAAAAAAAAAAAAAAAGAAAUCCUGUCAUCCAUAAUAUAACUGUACAGUAUUAGUGGAUCCGGGUAGAGGGACGCUAUAAGUAUUGUGUUCCUCGCUGUAAACGUACUCUGUACUGUAACUGGUUAUAUGGAAAUAAAAAUAUCUUUAUACAGUG